AUGGAGCUAACAACCGGACUAGCCGUAACCGGGUAUUCUACUGUACUCCAAGAUCUUUUAUAUUUGAAGCGAAAUCAUCAGUUCCAAAAAAUAUUCCUCGAAGCCGCGCAUUGCAGUUCGAGGAUUAUUAGGAUGACCAUGACAGACUCUGUCUCUGAGCGAUUCGACUACCAUGGGCGAGCUAGACUUGACUCAAUCGACAUCCCUUCAUCGCAUACUGUAUAUUAG